AUGAACGAAAAGGAUCUUGUUCAUCACCAUAGGGUGUUGAAACAAUUUUUAGAGAUUUCGGAUGAUCUGAGUUCCAAAACAAAGACCAAUUCCUCCCGUGCUGCCAGAGCAAGAGAAAAGCUUUUAAAAUUAUCCGGGGCCCAGUUCAGAGAGCUCAGCACAGACGUGUACGACGAAUUAAGAAGAAGAAUCGAUGAAUCCAGAGGUGAGCCUGAUUUCCUUCUUCCUAAAUCUUCUUUCCAUCCAAAGAGAAAUCAAGCGAGACAAAAAUUAUCUUCAUUGCCACAAUCUCGUUUUAAGGAUUUAGUACUGGAUAUUUCAUAUGAGAUCGAAAGAAGACAGCUCCAUAUCCCUACACAAAGCCCAGAACAACCACAAAGAGGAUCCAACGGCAAUGGUGAAGGAGUGGUUCAACAACAAUUACCCCCUUAUGAAGAAAGUGAUCUGCGUAAAUCAAUUCCAAUUUCAAAUCAUCUGAAGGAAUUCAAUCCUUCUCACCGCCAGCAACAUCUGCAAUCCUCGCAUUCACAACAAUUGAAUGUGAAUCAUUCUCCACAACUGGAGAAACAUCCACCAUCAUCAAAUCAACCAUUGCAACAUCAAAGACAACUUUCUCAGCAAUCAUCUAAUUCCAAGUUUCAACAACAACAGCCACAACCAGCGAUUGGUGUUCAGCUGAAAACUGUUAUUCCCUCCAAGGCUAACUUGACAUGGUCAAGUGACGAAGAAGAUGAAGCAGGAGAAAUUGCAGCUGAAGCUGAAGAACACUCUGGAUUUGGUGGGGAUAAAUUCAUUCAAGAACCUCAACCUGAACAGAAAUCAAGAGAAAUAGAAGAAAGUUGGGUACCAGAAAAUGAAGAUGAAGAUGUCAAUGGGAAUGGAUUUGUUAGACAAUCUCAAAAUUCCAAGAUUUCUGGUAAUUCACUUCGGAAAUCAAAUGUUAGCCAUGAAGAAAAUCUUAAGAAUCUUCGUGAUGAAUCAACCAAAUUAGAAUCUCAAAUUCAAGAUCUUCGUUCUCAAUUAGAAGAUGUUUCAAAGGAAAGAGAUCAAUCUGAACAAAAGUAUCGUUUAUUACAAGAUGAUUAUCAAACUACAAUUUCCGAGAACAAACGAUUGAGUAAAGAGAUUGAAGAUUUCGAAGAGGAAAAGGCCCAAUGGGCUGCUGACAAGAGUACAUUUGUACAAAAGAUUUCUGAUUUAGAAGCACAUGCAGCUUCUGUUCAUGAUUAUGAUUCAUUGAAGUCUUCUGUUGGAGCAUUAAGGUUGGAAAACCAAUCGCUUAAAAACAGUACCGCCAAAGAUCGUUCAAUCAUCCCCAACCGUACAACCUCUAGAGAUAUUCAAACACCAGACAAGGAACUCCCAACGUCACUUAAGUUGGCACCACCAGCACACGCGGUUGCAGAAGAAAGUAAAUCCAUUUCUCGCAAUGGUAAUACUAAGCAAGGAAUUGAGAGAUUCCUUGAUCAAUUGGCCAAUAUUGAAGUUCCAAAUAAGAGAGGUGAUCAAUCUGUAUUAGAAUUGAAAAAAGAUGUUGCUAAAUGGCAAAAAAUGUACGAAGAUGUUAGAGCUGGUCAAAUCUCUAAUGAUUUAUCUCAAAAGAUUAUGUCACAAAACGAAUUAAAACCAUUUAUCUCACCUUCUGGCUUAAUACCAUUUGAACUGGUAUCAAAUCUUAUAGCUUCUGUGGAAACAUUAUUGGGAUAUUUGAAGAAUGAUACAUUCGAUGCUGAUUCACUUUUUGAAAAAAUAUCAAAAAUAUCUAUUCUUGCAAACUCCAUUGCAGCACAAGGAGAUGACCAUAGCCUUAACAGUAAUGAGAACUCCAUUCUUCUUCGUGAAGCUACUAGCUUUGCAUUAACGGCAACAAGAUAUUAUGCUGUUUACUCUAACAUAUUACCCAAGAUUAUUGUUGAAAGAUCAUUGGGAGAAAUUUGUUUUAGUGUUUGUGAUUUAAUAUCCAUUUACAAAUUAUCAACCGGUAAAGGAUCAUCCAAUGGCGAAACAAAGUCUUUAACACCUUCUACUUCAUAUAUUUCUGAGGCCAAUUCUGGAGUUAGACCAUUGAGGAUGACCACCAAGUUACGUGAAACCAGUCCAAUUCGUGACAUCAAAAGUAGUACUCCAAUCAAGCAAAUCCCAUCACCAACAAAUUCACUGGUUCCACUUGUUGUUGAUACUUCCAAGAAAAUCAACAAUCCAGUGGUUGAACGUUCUAUUCCAGAUUUGAGCACCGUACAGAAGUCGCCAAGUCCUAGCAGUCCAGUAAGUAAGAAUAUUGGAAACUUGGCAUCUAAAUUCGAAAAGGUCAACGAAGACAGUGUAGCAAAGAGUACACCACCCAAAUCAAUUGGAUCAGGAGUGGCUUACUUGACGAAUAGAUUAAACAAUUCUGAUAGUUCACCAAUAUCUCCAUCUCGUACCACACCAACCAAAUCCAAGAAUAUCUUCGAUAAGGUUAGACAAUUUGAGAGUCCAAAUGACGAAGAUUCACUGAAGUACAGUCCUAAGAGAUUGUCUGCCGGUAGAUUAGAAAAAAGCAUCCUUAAUGAUCAUAAGUCUAAGGAGGUAACUCCUUCAUCAAAUGGCUCUAUAAUUCUGCAGGAAUCCAAACCCGAUACUGAAGAUUUAAAUAAGUCAAGUGGAUCGAUCAAAAGAAGUAAGAGUCUCUUCCAAAGUAUUAAGGACAAAUUAACUGCCGCCGAAGAAGACAAGACGAUUGAUUCAGUGGAUGAAGAAGGUAAAGAAGAACCUGAAUUGGUUGAAAAGGAAAUCAACACUGCUCCUGUAGAUCCAAACCUGUCAAUUGCCUCAAACAAAAGUGAAAAGGGGUUUUUCCAAAGUAUUAGAGAUAAAAUCACACCACACGAGGAACCUUUGACUGAAGAAGAGAAAGAAGUUAAACUGGUAGUGGUACCUAAAAAAGAAUCUGAAGCACCAAAAACUGAGCCAGAAGCUGUACCACAAACUAAAGUAGUUGUACCCGGAGCAGUACCAACUGCUACACCUGUCGCUGUGACACAAACUAAAGCAGUAGUUGUACCCGAAGCAGUACCAACAGCUGCACCAGUAUCUGUUUCACUUCCUAAUGCCGAAACUUCUACAGCAUCUACAAGAGGUAUCAACGGAAGUCAGCCAGUACAAAAGGAUGAUGACCAAACUCCAUUCAUGAACGUCCUGAAACAUAAGGUUAAUGUAGUUAGUAUCAGCGAUCCAAAAGUGAAGGAACAUGAAGAAGAAGAAGUUGAAGAUGCCCAUAGACCAAGUAUUCUUGACAGAAGUAAAUCGACAGAUUCUAAGUCCAGUUUCCAUAGUACUGUAUCUACACAGGAACAAGAGACAUAUCAACCUAGGGAAGUACGUGCUGCUCCUCCACCGCCACCAGCAGCUUUAGCCGCUAAGAAGCCAGUUUCUAAGAAUGUUUCAUACCUGAAUAAUGUUCAAACAUUCACACCUAACAGAGAUGAAACUGAAGAAGAGGAUGAAGAAGAUGAUGAAGAUGAUGAAGAAGAAGAUGAAGAAGAAAACGAAGCAAGACAGAGACAAGAAUAUCGUAAGUCUAUGGCUGCUGCUACUUUCAAUGUUGAUUUAUUCGAUAUUGAAGAUCCUGAUAAUACAUUGACUCAAGUUUUACUUUAUUUAGAACAUCAAACAGUCCAAGUGAUAUCAACUAUUCAAUCUUUAUUAUCUGCAAUCAAGAAGCCAGAUUCUACUAGAAACGACUUGUGUCAAAAGGCCAGAGCUAUCACCGAAGUAAUUUCUCAAAUGACAGAGGCCACUAACACAUCUAUGAAUCAAACUCGUAAUGCUCAAUUGAAAGAACAUGGAAGCUGGGUGGUGAGAAGUUUAGAGGACUGUAACCACCGUAUGAAUAUCUUGUGCAAGCCUAGUGGCGACAAGGCACUUCAAGAUUUUGCUGACAAGAACUUCAAGCAAAGAUUGGCAGGAAUUUCCUUUGACAUUGCCAAAUGUACCAAGGAAUUGGUGAAGAGUGUUGAAGAGGCUAGUUUGAAAGAAGAUAUUGCAAACCUUGAUGCUAGAUUGAGUCACGACGAAGAUUUGACCUAA